GUGGUCAGUGCUGUCAGUGGUGUCAGUGCUGUCACUGCUGUCACUGCUGUGGAUGUAGUGGGAGGGGUGGCACAGGUGACCACCGAUGCCACACAUCUACUCCUUCAGACACCGCACACAUCUAUUGUAGACAAUUGUCUCAACAGUACUGCCAUUGAAGCCAUCGAUGGCAAGUGUGAGACCAUUAGUGGAUCUCAUGUCGACUCAAAACUGCAAGAAAUGGACAAAAAGUGUAAACAAUUUGAAAACGAGAACCAAUUGUUGAAAAGAGAUCUCAAACGCAAAGAGAAGAUAAUUAAAGCUUUGGUUCAGAAAUUGAGAUCAAAUCUGACAUCAACUCAGAAGACAGUGGACGCGAUUGAGAAACAGCUCUUAACUGACUGUUCCCUCGACUCUAACCCAAGAGUUGAUGACUUGGAUUCAGAAGCAAUAUUACCUCAAGAUUUCUUGGAUUUUGAGAUGAAUCAGGAACUGAUGUCCGAACCAUCGGUUGAAAGCGGAGAAUCAGAGUUGAGUUCAGCCGCUGACAACACAGACGGACACAACACUGACGGACACAACACAGACGAGGAAUGGUCUCCCAAAAAGAGCGGUUAUAGGAAACUAACAAAAGAUGGUAAAUACCGGUGCAAAUGGUUAGGUUGUGGUAAACUUUUCUCCCGUAACGCCAAUCUUACCCGUCAUUACAACACUCACCUCAGGAAUCGAUGUCAUGUCUGCCAAUGGACCGGUUGUGGCAAACGUUUCACUGAUCUCAACCAAUGCUCAACCCAUAGUAACCAGUUGUCUGAUGUAGACAUCGUCGCAAACAUACGGGCGAUAAGCCAUACAAAUGCUCGUGGAUUGGUUGCGAGGCUCAGUUUGGACAGGUAUGGACUCAAUGGGCGAACCAAACCAGUGAUCACUUAUAGCGUAAAUCAGGCCUCAAUACUAGCAUAUCAUCGCAAAUCACAUACCAGUGAACGUGAGGGCAGAAGUGAGACAAAGCAAUUGUUGACGUCUCAAACAAAUCAUGGUUUAAACGAGCCGUUUGUGUGCGAUUUGAUUGGUUGUGAAAAGACAUUUGAUAACGUGACUAAUCUUAGACGACAUCAGGCCAUACAUAACGGCACUCGACUUUAUUACUGCGAUUGGCAGGGAUGCGAUAAGAAUUUUCUUGAAUUAAGUGGUCUUAAACGUCACCGGCGAAUACAUACGGGUGAGCGGCCUUAUAAGUGCGAUUGGCCCGGAUGUGGGGCCCGCUAUAGUCAGUCCAGUCACUUAAGCACUCACAUCAAGUCACAUAAGAAUCAGAGGGACUAUAAGUGUUCGCUACCGGAGUGUGCUUUUGCUGGCGUUCGCAUGUCAGACCUUCGCAAACAUUUGCGGCGUAAACACAAGUGGCAACAGUCCGACUUCGACCACUUGGACACUGCCAUCGACACAGCCAUCGACACAGCCUUCCCACACAAUCUCAUUCAACACCACCUC